GCAGUGCCAUCGCUAAUUCGACGCCAGCGUAAGACGUUUAUUUAUAAUUUUUCGAACGGGUUUUUUUUUGUUUUAGCCCUAGGUGAAUUAUUUAUAAUUAUUUUAAUAAAGUGAUGACGGAAGGACAGCACGAGGUUCAAGCUUACAACAAGGGCGAGAGGGUAUUCUGCUACGAGCCGGAUAAAUCUAAAGCCAGAGUUCUAUACACAAGCAAGGUUUUAAAUGUUACCGAACGCAAGGACGAAAAUGGCUUAAGAUAUUACGAGUAUAUGAUACAUUUUCAAGGCUGGCGUCGUUCCUACGAUCGUAAUGUGCGCGCUAGUAGCUUGCUAAAAGACACCGAAGAAAACCGACAAUUUCAACGAGAAUUGGCGGAAGCGGCUCGGCUUCAGACACGCGGAAGUUACUCAUAUAAGGGGACGCCAUCGCAGCAGCCGCACGCAAAGAAGAAACGCUUGAGACGAGGUGCUGGUCAGGGAGAUGAAGCAGGUUCUGGCACUGAUCCUUUAGAUAUAUCCCAGGAGGACUAUGCUGAGCCUGAAGCGCCCGCAGCACAUAAAUUUAAAUUACCAAGUGGCGACAGCGGCGGCGGCGGCGGAGCAGCAACAACUGGAACUAAUCUCGACAAGAGUGAUGCAGCAAUGAGGAACAAACGCGCCCGUUUUGAUCCGCCAACAUCGCGGCCGCCAAGAGCUAAGCCCAUGGAAAUUGUCGAUAUUGAUGUAAUGGAGAGAUUUAAAUACCAAGAGGAUCGUGUUAUGUUACUAAUAAGCGAACGUCUAAGAGAAUACAUGGAAUAUGAUUACAAUAUGGUUGUAAAACUAAACAAACAACAUGCCAUGCCAGCUCGUAUCCCAAUUGUGACGAUUCUGGAGAAUUUCGUCAAGCAACGGGCAGUUGAAUUGGCGAUAAGCAUUAAACAGGAUAGCUCCAGAGCUCGAAAUACCCAAAGUCGGAGUGCACGCAUGGAACGUGAAUACGAUCGAGUGAUGUCCAAAGUCUGCUUGCUCAAAGAGGUGGUCGAUGGCAUACGCAUUUAUUUUGAGUUCCAUGUGGAUCAGCAUUUGCUGUAUAAACAGGAAAAGAAAUACACCAACAGCUAUUUAACCGAUGAUAAUCUAAAGAAUUGCAGCAUUGUACUAAAUAAUUCAUAUGACUAUAUAAAUCCCAGCUGCGAGCCCGAACUAGACACAGACGGAACUCCGAUUCCGGCGGGUGCUGGUGGUGGCAGUGGAAGCGAAGGCAUCUUGGGUAAUGUGGGCUACCAAAAGCAAUUGGAAAAAUGCCUACUCUAUAUAGUCAAGACGAUGGACAAGAAAUCGGCUCAGGCCUACGGCUCAUCACCAUAUGAUGCUGCCUACAAAUUACCCAUAGAGAUGCGAGGCUUCCUAUGCGAAACCUUCAAUUGGCGUCUACUAUCACCAGAAUCGCCGCCAGAGAAAUCUAUGGUAUUUGGAGCCCCACAUUUGGCCAGGCUAAUGAUUAAAUUGCCAGAGUGCUUGAAUGCUUCACCCAUAUCGAAUGAAAAGCUCGAGGAUCUCUUGCCACAUUUAGACUCAUUUAUUAAUUAUUUGGAGAAUCACAAGGAAUGGUUCGAUAGGCAAAACUAUGCCCACUUUGUUUCACCAGAUGAAAAAUUGCUCAAACGUCCCACCUCCACAGCUACAGCGACUAAGAUAAGCUCUCAAGUUUAGAUGAUUCCACAUCAGCAAGCACUUCAAUUGAUUCAAAUUUGAAUUCAAAUAUAUAUAUAUUACAUAUAUAUAACUUUAACUUUAUUUAUUAUUGCAGUUUAAAGCUUGUUGUCAUUGAAAAAAGGUUUUUUUUUCUUUUUUUUCGAUUUUUUUUUCUUUCUUCUCUAUAUAUAAUAUAUAUAUAUAUAAAAAAAACUUUUUUCUCUACACAUAAUGUGGUUGUAUAAUCGAAUAAUGUCUAGAUAUCUAGAUGUUAAAUAUUGGGGGGAAAAUACGAUUUCGUUCUGAAACAUUUUUAAAUCUGCUUAUAAACUAAAAAUUUUAGUUGAGUAAUUGGUUUUUUUUUUACAUACUAGUAUUUAAUCAAUCAUUCUGGAUGAUGUAUCAUUUAAUAUAUAUAUAUAUAUAUCUUUUUUUUUUCUCUUUUUUUUUGUGCUCAAAUAUAUUUAAGAAUUUUUUGUGAAA